AUUGAACCUUAAAAGCAGAGGAGACGACCUCUUCUUCUUCCUCAUUCUGCUCUGCAACAACACAGUUUGUCUCUGAGCCUUGAGGUUGAAACAAUGGCGAGUCAAGAGGUGGUGCUUUUGGAUGCCACAUGCAGCAUGUUUUCGAUGAGGGCAAGGUUAGCUUUGGCUGAGAAAGGGAUUGCGUAUGAGAAAAAGGAACAAAAUUUGGCUGAUAAAGGUCCUGAGCUUCUGCAGAUGAACCCUAUUCAUAAAAAGGUUCCAGUUUUGGUUCAUAACGGGAAGCCUAUUUGCGAGUCCCUGAUCAUUGUUCAGUAUAUUGAUGAGGUUUGGAAGGACCAAGGCAGUCCUUUGCUUCCCUCUGAUCCUUAUGACAGAGCUCAAGCUAGAUUCUGGGCUGAUUUUGUUGAUAAGAAGGUGGCUGAUGCGGCAAGUGGGGUAUGGACAAAGAAAGGGGAAGAGCUUGAGACAGCAAAGAAGGACUUCAUAGCUGUCUUGAAGCAGCUAGAAGAAGUGCUUGGAGAGAAGCCUUAUUUUGGAGGGGACAACUUUGGAUACGUGGACCUUGCUCUCAUCCCUUUCUACAGCUGGUUUCAUGCCUAUGAAACAUGUGGCAACUUCAAAACAGAGGAACACUGCCCUAAGUUCAUAGAAUGGGCUAAAAGGUGCAUGCAAAGGGAGACUGUGGCCAAGUCUCUUGCUGGUCCCAAGGAAGUAUAUGAACUUGUUUUGAUGUUGAGGAAGAGAUUUGGUUUGGAGUAAAUGAGACAGAGAGGUCAAAGGAUUUGCAUGUUUAGUUUGAAUAAGUGACCUUGAGUUGGUCAGUUGUUGUGCUGUAUCAGCACAUUGGACACUUUGGUGUGCCUUUGAAGAGCGUUGUCUAUCUUUCACUGUCAUUUGUAUGUGUGUUAUUUAGAGUCACUCUUGCUAAUUAAUGGAGAAUCUAUCAGGCUAUGCUUUCGCUAGGUUA